AUGAGCGACACGGACCGCUUCGACAGUAUGUUGCUGACGAUCGCCCAGUCCCAGCGCGGCAUUGAGCCACUGCUGGACACAGUGUUCUCGUUCCUGCGCCGCAAGACGGACUUUUUCACGGGCGCCGAGCCGCAGGUGAUCGAGCAGACGAUCCUCAAGAGCGCGCGCCAACAGGCGGUACUGGUGGAGCAGGCGCAGACGAAGCUGAAGAAGCAGAAGGAGGCGGAGAAAAGGCGGACGCAGGAGGCGGCGCGUAAAGCGGCAGAGCUGGCGAAGAAGCAAAAGCGCGAAGAGCUGCAGGUCGAACGUCCGUCGUCGUCGCGCUUUGAAGAGAUCACGGAGGACAGUGGGACUGAGACCUCUUCCCCCAGUACGGCAGUCGUGCAAGAGACACCACAAGGAGGAGCAGAGGACGAGAGUGGACCACCUCCUGCAGGCAAUGGAGGAAAGACGGACAAGUAUGUGUGGACGCAAACGCUGCAGGAAGCUCAGGUCAAUUUUGCGGUCCCUGAAGGCACUAAAGCUCGACAAGUGGACGUGGAGAUUCGUGCUGAAAAGCUGAGGGUUGGUCUGCGGGGCGGCGAUACGUUCGUAGAUGGACCUCUUUACAGCAAAGUGAAGGUUGAUGAUAGUUUCUGGACCGUGGAAGAUGGCAACCGCAUUUGCAUCUAUCUGCAGAAAGACAACCAGAUGGAGUGGUGGAAGACCAUCAUCCAGGGAGACGCAGAGAUCGACACGCAAAAAGUGCAGCCUGAGAAUUCAAAGCUCGGUGACUUGGACUCGGACACGCGCCAAACAGUGGAAAAAAUGAUGUUCGAUCAGCGUCAAAAGGCGAUGGGGCUUCCUACGAGCGACGAGGUGCAGAAGCAGGAGGUUCUGAAGAAGUUCAUGGCGCAGCAUCCGGAGAUGGACUUCAGUAAGGCGAAGAUCAACUGA